UCGCUACCUCGUUUUCGCCCAAGUAAGAGCCCUGAUUACUUGGUCCGCGGACUGGAAACAAAAGUGAUCAGCGAAGAGGCCAAACGCGUUCCACUUCCACCUAAGUUUCAACUCUUCUAGAAAAACUUUUCUAGAAAAAAAUCUACUCAGGUUUCAAACUAACGUUGUACUACCGGUCAACGGUCCGUAGGACCCGGUCAGUUCAAACGAGGUCACCCACCGACGCCCUCCGCGACCAGCCAAGAUGAUGCGAUACCUUGCGUACUGGUGCUGCUGCUACUAGUACACCUUGGACGGCUCUAUUCUGUUCCAACUUGGAGCAGGGGAAAGCUAGAGGAGAGGGGAACAGGCAUGGCGUCGGAGAUGCUGCUCAGGAGGAUCCAUUCCAUCUGCCGUCUCGCCGGCGGCGACCGUCGGCCGCAGCUGUUCGGCCGUGGGGAGGGGCUGCGUCGUCUGGUUUCUCCGGCGAGCCAUCCAUCAUUCUGCAGCAGCGCGUGUGAGCAAGCCGGCGCGGGCAGCGCAAGCAAGGAUCAAGAUAACCUCGCUAGGUUUUCAGACCCACAGGUUGCUCACGAGGAUCGCCGGUUCGUUCAGUUCUUGGAUAGGAUGCUGGACGCGACAAGAAAUCCCCAGAGUCUUGCGCAGAUACGGCGCGAGAAGCUUCCAAAUGAUCUGAAAAUAUUGGAUGAUGAGAUAUGAGUCAAGUUCUCUUACAGGAAUAUAAUAAGAGUUAACAAGCGUGACUUAUGACAUGUAAAGUGACCUUGAGCUUAACCAUGCCAAACUUGAGCAUGUGAGAUUGUUAUUGUUCAAGUUCUAAUUAUGGACCAAAACAUCGGCUCAUGUCAAAUGUAUUAUGUAUUUGAGUUAUUUUCUGCAACUGAUUUCAUAUCAUGUAUGAAGUAUGAACUCGCAAAAACAAAUAUAUGGCCAACCAAUUAGCUUCCAUAUUCCGUUCA